AUGCGGAGAGAUGCACGACUCCGGGAAGUGCCAAAUGGAGGAAUUCUACAAUCUGAUCCGCCAGUGAAGCGAGAGAAACCGGAGGCUAGUAAGCAGAUCGACAAUACAUGUGAAUUGUACAAGCGGUCUACCUUUGCGAACUUGCGGAAGGACGAUUACUCCCGCAUAGAUGUGGUCAUGGAGUUAGAUCUGCUGCCAGGGGAGUCCAGAGGAUACUGGAAGUACCAUGCUCCCGGCAAGUGGUUUAAACAAGCCACGUCUACAUCCAAGAUCAACAACGAGAGGGCCACACUUCUCUUUGAUUUAGGCGCGGAGAUCUCAAUUGUGGAUUCUACCUUUGCUCGUAAGGUGGGAUGCACUAUAGACAAUAGUCAGAGGCAAGAAUGCGUGGGGAUCGGAGAGAACGCAUACAUGACCGAAGGACGUACCCGUAUCAAGAUCACGCUCGCAGGAGCAUACGUAUACUACUUCGAUGCAUGGGUCGGCGACUUGUCGGGUCAGGAGGCGAUCUUGGGGAUGAACUUCAUGGCCCGGAUCUUCAGCGGAAAUUCGAGACUGAUCACGUUCGACCAAUACGGUAAUGUUCCAGUGGCAGGAUCCGUGGAGGUCGCUGUCCGGGGAUCACUGUCGGAUAAGCAGAAGUUGUGGGUCACACAAUGGCAGAACCUGGCGUUCCAAACCACUGCCGACGAAACACCGAUAAAGGACUCGGACGAAGUCGUGGCUGAACCGUUGGUCGACAGACCACAUUACAACGCACUAACAGAGAUCUUGAAGAAGGAGCCGAAACCGCGGAGGCUGAUGUCGAUCCAACCAUCACCCUGCGUGGAGACUAAGAUCAAAGAACCGGCGGCAGGAGGCGAACCACUAAAACCUGAGCCGGAUGAUGCAGAUCACGUCUCCACGAAAGACACGAAAGUAGACCAGGAACAGAUCGAGCCGAGAGAUCAGACAGGUAAUCCAGAUCAGGAGAUCGGACCAGCGGAAGCGCUGGUAAAGCCGGACAGGGAAGCCGACGACGACAUGGAUGACGCCGUCUGUUACCACGAGGGCGGAUACAUCUUCCCGGAAGACAUCGAGAACCACAUGGCGGUGUUGCCGGAAGUUGAGACCACCACGAGAGAAGUCACGAUAGACGAUAUCCGGGUGGAAGAUCCGGAUGCGACGCCGGAAGAGUGCGAACGGCUACGUCGCAUCAUAUGGAAGCGGCGUCACCUCUUGAUCGGAGCUGGAAAAGCACUGUCCCCCGCCGCUGCGCAUGGGGCGAUCUGCGAUAUCGACGUCGGGAACGCGAAACCGGUUGCACAACAUUGCCGAAGAGUAGCUCCACAGUUCCAUGAGAAGUUAUCCAUGCUCAUCAAGGAACUGCUGUCGGCGACGAUCAUCGCUCCAUCAAUCUCACCUUGGGCGUCACCAAUAGUGGUCAUCAUCAAUGCCAACGGCGUGGAUAUCCGCCUCUGCAUCGAUUUCCAAGUGUUAAACAGCUUGAAGAGGCUGAUGGUUGGAUUCUGGGUCGUGUCCAUGACGCCGCGGGCGAGAUUGAUCUCAGCAUUCAUGACGCCAUUCGGGUUAUUCGAGUGGGCGAGGAUGCCGUUCGGUCUGAAAAACGCUCCGCGGAUCUACAAGCGGAUCGUAGACAAUGCCCUAUAUGGGCACAUGCGCAUCAAGCCCGGCCAAGACAAGACAGUCGAUGUGUUCGAGGAGGGAGAGCCCGAGCCAGAACCCAAGCCGUCGAUCUUGGUACGGCGAUCGUACGUCGACGACAUUCUCGUGACUGGAGGCACGUGGGACAGCAUAUGCAACAAGGUUGAAAUUCUGCUAGACAUAUGCGAUCGCUGGAACCUAUCGAUCAGCGUAGCCAAAAGCUACUGGGCCAGGCGCAAAAGUGAGCUAUUGGGACACCAGGUGUCGACAGACGGGUUGGAAGCGAAGCCGAAGGACCUUGAAGCAUUUUCGAAUCUCCCUUUCCCCACCAGACUGAAGUUGAUGCAGUCGUUCCUUGGAAGCCUGAAUUACUACAGCCGCUUCAUCGAGGAUUUUGCAGUCUAUGCAGCGAUCUUAUACGAGCUUCGGGAAAUAGAUUACUACCAGAUCGCACGGUUGAAAUCGACUGGAGAGCCGGAGGAAGGGACAGCACCAGCGGACGAGGAACGCGAUCGCUGGACACGAGCUAUGAAUGCGUUCACCAUACUCAAAGUGAAGAUCAUCUCCACCCCGGUCUUGAAGCACUUCGAUCCGGGGAGGGCGCCAGUCAUAGUCCUCUAUGCUAACAAGUGGGCGAUCUCGGCGGCACAAAUGCAGGAACACGGCGGCGUGUAUUGGCCAGUAACCUUCACCAGUCGGACGCUGAAGGCAAACGAGUUGAACUAUGGGUUCGUAGAAAAGGAGGUCCUGGCUCUUCUUCGCAUGUUGGACGUCUGCUACUCGCAGUUGGUCAUCAGAUCGAUCAUGGUGCUAUCGCGUUUCUCCACGCUAGCCUGGCUCCUGAAGUCGAAUGGGCUAGACGGGCGUUUGGGCAGGUGGGCCGCAUUGUUGUCUGGGUGGAAGGUGGAAAUCACGAAGUGUUCCAAAGGCGAGGAGGAAAUCCUAGGGGCGAUCGCUGCGAGCAUCACCCCUCGAGCGGAAGUUGACGAGGCCCUAAUCGCAAUAGCCCCGACGAAGCAACCCCGGAAGAUGAUCGCCAUGAUUCCAACCGUAGAACCGGAGGAGAGCCUGUUGGUGGCGAGUUUUGAUGGAUCAGCGAGAGUGAAGCGUGCAGGAGGCGCAUACAGCGCGAUUCUAUGGAAACUUCCCGAGUGGACGAUCCUCGAAGCGAUGUCUGAUCACAUGCCUGAUUUGACAGUGAACGAGGCGGAGUACAGGGGAUUGCUGCUGUGUUUCGAUCUACUCUCGACUCAAGCCAGGGGGCGAGUCGUGUUCUGUGGUGACUCCAACUUGGUGAUCCGCCAGAUGAGAGGCGAGAUCGACUAUUUUUUCCGCGCGUUUAAUCGGAUCGUGAAGAUGAAGCAAAGUCCUACCAUGGCCUACCGCCCGCAGGGUAACGGAAAAGCCGAGCGGACGGUGCAAGCACUGACGAGAGCGCUGAAGAUGUAUGUCUCCGAUGUCAACCAACAGGACUGGGAUGACUACGCCGAACGUUUGACGUUUGCCCUCAACACGGCGCAAGAUCGAGUGCGUGAAGACACAUCCUAUUAUCUGGUGCAUGGGUGGGACGCAAGAUCAACACUGGAAGCGACGCUUCCAAUUGGAUCCAUAAGGCGGAAAGACAGCAACGCCCGCCUGUGGAGGCCCCACAAGACCGAGCAAGGAUCACAAGUAUGGCUCUACCUGGACCGGGUGAAGGAAGGGUUCGCGAGGAAACUGGCCCACAUAAUACCGGUGGUGCACCUGUCGAAGUUGAAGCUGGUGAAGGCGUUCCCCGACCGACCAACUUGCACCCUGCUGGUCGAGGAAGGAGAUCGAGUCGACUUCGAUGAAGCUCUACUUCCGGAGGACAGCUGGGAUACUCCUUUGGGCGAGGACCAAUUCGAGGUGGAACGGAUCGCCGACGGGAGAUCUGAACGCCGCACGCGAUAUGGCCGCGUACACCGAGAGUUCCAAAUGUUUUGGAGAGGCUAUCGCAAACCCACGUGGGUGGACGAGGCCGACCUCAACUGUGGCGCGCUCUUGGCGGAAUUCGAACGAACUCAAACGAACCGUAGUCGGUUCAACGUCAUGAUGUCGCACGAAGAGACGUCGGACAACCUGUAA